AGAGAGAGAAAGAGACCUUUUCCUCUUCCUCUUCCUCUUCCUCUUCUCUUACCCUGAUCUCUCCGAAUCCCCACUUCUCCAUUCUCGCCAUUGGCGAGCUCGAGCUCGAGCUCGCUCGAGCUCAACACUGCCACUGCUGGGAUUAAUUUGGGCCCCCUCUUCUUCGUCGUCUUCUUCUUGGUUUCUACUGCUGCUGCUGCUGCUGGAUUUAGAAUUCUUCUCGGUACUCUAUAAUGUAUCAUCUCCGCCCUGGUCAUGCAAUAUAUUGCACUUGUGAAGUCUAGACUGCUUAUAUUCAUGAAGAUCUUAGACAUUGAUUUAUUAUUCGCAAACUGGAGAAUGAGGAUUUGGAUAACAUAGUGUCGUUCUGCAGUCAUACUGGAAAAUGAAUGCAUAUUCAUUUAAGAUUUCUAAGUGGUCGCCUUAUCCACUAAGAGUGAUUCUUAUCCUCUUUGUUGCGACAUUUGGUUUGUACAUCUGCUACGUCUCUAUGAACGAGAUCACAUUAGAGAGAAACGCAAGGGACUUUCUAGUCUCUUUGAAGGAAACGGAAAAUGUUUGCAGUGUAAGUGGCAUCCAACCUGAGGAGAUGCGAUAUAUCCAUUUUCCGCAACCAGCAACUUAUAGCAGGAGUGAAUGCUCAUGUUCUCCUGUCCGCUUCUUUGCUAUCAUAUCUAUGCAAAGGUCAGGAAGUGGGUGGUUUGAGACUCUGCUAAAUAGCCAUCCGAACAUCAGCUCAAAUGGUGAAAUUUUUGCGGUCAGAGAGAGAAGGGCUAAUGUUUCGUCUAUCCUAAAUACAUUAGAUACGGUGUAUAAUUUAGAUUGGCUCAGUAGCGCAGCAAAAAAUGAGUGCACAGCUGCAUUUGGCUUGAAGUGGAUGUUAAAUCAGGGCCUUAUGGAUCACCAUGCUGAAAUAAUUAGUUACCUUAACAUGAAGGGUGUUUCGCUGGUAUUUCUCUUUCGGAGGAAUCUCCUUCGCAGGCUCAUUUCUGUUCUGGCGAAUGAUUAUGAUAGACAAGAAAAGCAGUUAAAUGGUACUCAUAAGUCUCAUGUCCACUCGAAAGAGGAGGCCGAGAUAUUAGCACGAUUCAAGCCGAGGAUCAACAUAGCUUCUCUAAUCUCUGACAUUAGCAGUGCCGAGAAAGCCAUCGCAGAUUGUCUGCAGCACUUCAGCAGUACCCGCCACAUAAUACUGUACUACGAGGAUAUCGUCAACAACCACAACGCAUUAUCUCAUGUACAAGAAUUUCUAGGGGUUCUGAUUGCGAAAUUAGUUAGUCGGCAGGUGAAAAUUCAUACGAGGCCUCUUUCGAAGCAGGUCAUGAACUGGGAGGAUGUGACGAAGACGCUUAAUGGGACGCGGUACGAGCAUUUUCUUAACCAUGCUGAUUGCGAUUUUUAAUAUGGCGGCUUUUAUUUUUUCGAUGUUUGAUACCCGUUUUUUCUUUUUGCGAGAAUCAGUAGGUUAGAAAGAUUCAGAAUUACUUUGUAAAGGACUAGUGCUUUGCUUCUAAUAGCAUUCUUUAAUAUAGGAUUUGAGUUCAAUCUGCUAAUUGUGAGAAACUAGUUGUCUGCUAAUUGUGAGAAACUGAUUUGAUUCUGAAAUGAUAUUUGUUUUUGAUUGA